AUGACAACUAUGGAAGAAGGCGAGUCGCCUUCUGCAGAAGUUACGGCGGGAAACCCUGAAGAAUUGACAAAGAAUCCAACUGCAUUAAAAGAAGCUCAUGAACAAAUGGCAACUCUUGAUGUUCUUGUUUGUGGGCAAUGUCAUUCUGCAUUUCAUUUUCUCGAGGAGUUUAAAGAGCAUAAAGAAGCAAAUAACUGUAUUGGCAAGUCUCCAGUGAGAGACAGUAAUGAAAGUAAAGCUCAGGUUUGGGCAUUCCUGCUAUGGAAAUGCUCCUCGGCACGUGAUGGAUCAACAUCAAACACAGACAAUAGUUGGAAGCUGUAUCAACAGUGGUGUCGUAUGCCAGAAGCUCAAAGGACUGCCUGGAUCACAGCAGGGUCAAAUGUCCAGUCUCUGUCCAAGUUUGCUCAUGCUAAAGUGAUGGAAGUUAAAACUGAAGAUCAGCUUGUUCCUGUUCAGACUCCAACUGCUGAAAUGAAAAAAAGAGGAAGGCCUAGAAAACUUCAACAACUUCAAAGAGUGGAAGAUUCUGAAACACAACCAUCUGGUGAAGAAAGUGACGAUGUAAAGGCUAGUCCAGCACAGAAAGUUGUACCUAAAGCAGUCACAUUCCAAACUCCAAAGGCAAAGGAGUUCACAGACAAGGAGUCUGUGCGAAAUGCACAAGAACGAGUGCCGCCUGAGGAACGGAUAGCACGGCGCUCUGAACGCGAAGGUGCCGACCCUGUUGAAGCUGGAGAAUAUGUUGUAGAGAAAAUACUUGCCAAGCGUUUCAACCCGCGGCGAAAGCAGUACGAGUAUUUACUUAAAUGGGAAGGCUAUCCACAUGAACAAAAUACAUGGGAGCCAGUUGAUAACAUGGAGACAUGUAAACAUCUCCUUGAAGCAUUUGAGAAGCAACUUGCCCGACAGAAAGAACUUAAAGCUUUAAGAGCCCAGCAGCAACAGCAACAACAGCAGCAUCCGGUGCAGGUGAAACAAGUUAGCACACCCAUGCCACAAAUAGUUAAACAAGUUGUUAAGAAAUCAGAAAGCCCUAAUAUUUCUUCAUCUGGUCGCCUGCAAAGAACAAGUAAAGUUAAAGCAUUGGACCAAGUAAAGGCGUGGUGUGGCGCUGAAGAUGAGCCCGCGGCAAAGAAAAUAAAAAAAGAGAUUUCUAGUGAUGAAGAGGACUUCACUGAUACAGAGUCACCUACAAGAGUUGAGAAGAAAAUAGUGAAUGGGAAUGAUGUGGAAUCUCCAAAAACAUCGAUAGACCCUGAUCUCGUCAAAUCACUCGGACUUGGGGGCAAAGGAAUGCCCAACAUAAAGGGUGUCAUCAAAGUUGAUCCCAAACACAUGCCAAACCUAACUACAGGUGUUUAUAUAAUGUCCAAAAGUUCAGGAAUAAUGAAGAUUGAUUCACCAGGAAAGUUAGGUCCAGGCUUAAACAUAGAUCAGGAGGUUAUUCGGAAACAAAUAUUAGCUGCCAAACAGAAGAAGCUCGAAGAAAGUAAAAAGAGUUCGCCAAUCCGUACGCCUAUUCCUUCACAGCCUAAGAGAACCUAUGGAUCAGGUGGACAACAAAUUACAGAGAAGACAAUUAUAACACCAUCAGGACAAAAGAUUAUACAACGCACAAUACAAAGACCUUUUGGACACUCAGAUGGAAAAUCUCCUGUAACUAUUUUAAACAAAAAGUUGGCACAGGGUGACAGCUUAUUGCGUCGCGGUGGCUCUGGGCGCGGCCGCGGACGAGGCGGCUAUUCAGUGUCGACAGCUGCCGGCAACAUUGUACGCAUACGUGACAAGACAAUCACCUUCGAUUUUGAUAAGUCAGACGCGUCGUCGGAGUCGUCGGACGGCAUCGAGGACCCGUUCCCGCGCGAUUUGGGCCCGCUGCCGCCGCCGAGCCCCGAGCGCGCGCUGACGCUGUGCCCGCUGACGGGGCGGCGCCUGGCGCGCGCCGAGGGCGAGCCCACGCCGCCGCCCACGCCGCCGCCCGCCUCGCCGCCGCCCGCCGCGCCCGCGCACCCGCCCGCACACCCGCCCGCGCCCGCCUCCACACCGCCGCCGCACCACAACGCCACCAUGCUCAUGAAGGUGGAGAUGUCUCCAGGUGGUACGACAGGAAUGCUAGUCCAACAAGGAGAUGGAGCACAACCAUCUUUACCUGUACUAACAGAUGAGGAUGGAUCAGACGUUAAGGUGGAGUCAAAUGCAGUGAAACAACUUCUAGAAGAAGGAGUCGGGGUAGAUGAAAAUGAAGAAGUAGGAUUAUUGCAUACUGGUCAUCCUCCAAUUAUGAUUCGAGGAGAAGACGGCGUCCUCUAUCAAGUGGCUGGCGAAAAUGAAGCCGGACAAACAUUGUUAGUAGCUGCAGAGGGUGUCGAAGGCGCUGUGGAAGGUGUAGAAGGCGCUGUUGAAGGUGAAGGCGAUGGUGUGAUGUAUGUCACAAGAGAAGACGGACAGGACGUGCUGGCGAUCGAGCCGAGCCAGCUGGCGCAGCUGCUGCCGGGCGGCGCGGGCGCGGGCGAGGCGGGCGCGCUGCAGCAGGUGGCCGUGCAGGUGGAGGGCGAGGCGGGCGAGGACGCCACGCAGGUCAUCGCGCAGCUCGUGCAGGCCGACCUGCCCUCGCCCGGUGGCACUAGGCGGGUAGUACUAUUGUUACCUGAUGGUAGCUUUACAAUGACAGAACUGGAUAAAGAACAAUAUGAGUCCAUAACAGAAGCCAGCAAGGCGCAAGAAUGA